AUGAUAUUCUCAAACUUAAUACUCUUGUGCUGGAGCGCCUCGAUCGUCACAUCACUGCCAGUACAUCAAACAAUCUCUCUCAUCAACAGAGAUACAAUCUCAACAGAGGGAUUUAUUGGAGACAACUUCAAGGAAACCAAAUCUACCUGGUGGUAUGCCACCAUCGACCACACCACGCCGGCCACCCGCGACUAUGUCCCGCAUCUAUCAGGACUUACAGAUCCUGUAUACGACUACCCAGUGCACUUUUCCAUCAGAGCCGGCGACUCGGUCGGCUUCACAUACGCGAUAACUGCUCAAGGACCCAAAGGUCAACGAGAUGAUAUGUGGCUUGCUGGUCAACCACGGACCAUCUUCCUUGCUGGAGGGACAUACGUCCUCGGCGCGACCGUGACUCUCUUGACAGACACCGUCAUCAUCGGCGACGUUACAGAUCCACCAAUUAUUCAAGCUGCGCCCGGCUUUCAGGGUGAGUUUCUGAUCGUUGGCGGCGCUCCGGGCUAUGUCACCGCCGGAAAUGGAGGUGAAUUACAUUUCUCGGUCAUGUUGAAGAAUGUGAUUUUGGACACAACCUUGAACGCCGCAAGGGAAAAUUUCGUUGCCUUGAGCUGGCGGGUAGCACAAAACACCGCUCUCGUGAAUGUCGAGAUCCGCAUGCCACCGGCUGUGCAUACGGGCAUCUGGAUGGGUCAAGGCUCGGCUCUCUCCGUCGCUGACACCAAAUUUGUCAACGGCAGCAUCGGUAUUCAUUAUGCUGGGCUCCAACAAGCGACUUUGAAGAACAUGCGUUUUGAAGACUGCGUUACUGGAAUUCAAAUCGACAACGGAUUCACCAUCAACAUCUUCGCCCCAACAUUCACCAAUAUCGCCAACCCGAUUGUGCUCAAUGCUGGGAACCCAUGGGUCUCGGUCAUUGACGCCAUCUCCAUGGCCUCGGGCCCUUUCUUCCGCAGCAACGUCGCCUCCCCUAACUUCAUGAUUGAGAAUGUUCAGAAGGACACCAGUGACACACCGAUGGUGAUUAUCGGGUCUACGACUAGACUAGAGGGAACCUCCUUUGUCGAGACCUACGUCGUCGGUAACACGUAUGGAGCCAACCCAAUUUACCAGUCCGAUCCACAACCUCGAAACACUCUGCGACCAGUACUUUUAGCACCGACUGGAAGGUACCCUGUCAUCACAGCUCCACAAUAUGUGGACUUCACUGUAGAUGAUACCAUCAACUUGAAAGACACCACACAGAAUGGCGGCAAAUCACUGUUCGGUGACGGUUGGCACGACGACAGUGAUGCUCUGCAAUGUGCUCUCGACACCGCUGCCGCAGCGGACAAGAUCGCAUACCUCCCCUACGGAAUCUAUCGCGUCCAAAAGACCAUCACGAUUCCCGACGGGACUCGCCUGGUUGGCAACGCUUGGUCCACCAUUUCCGGCUACGGCCCCUACUUCUCUGAUGAGAGCAAUCCCCGCCCUAUCGUUCAAGUAGGUGCACCGGACUCCACCGGUCAUGCUGUGAUUCAAGACAUCCGUUUCACCGUCGGCCAGGCCCUUCCCGGCGCCAUCGUUCUCCAAAUCAACAUGGCCGGCGCCCAACCUGGCGACGUCGCCGUCUUCAACAGCCUCAUCACCAUCGGCGGCACACGCGAUACCGAAAUGAGCUGUUCCUCCGAAGCGACCUGUCGCGGCGCCUACAUCGGCCUCCACCUCUCGCCCUCAUCCUCGGCCUACAUUGAGAACUUUUGGUCCUGGCUCGCCGAUCACCAAGCCGACAACGCCUGGGGCAGUAAGACCCGUGUCGCCGCCAAACACGGCAUCCUCGUCGAGGCCACCAAGGGAACUUGGCUCGUCGGCAUCGCGAGCGAACACUUCUGGCUCACCAACCUCUUCUUUCACAACGCCGAAAACGUCUUCACCUCCCUCUUCCAGUCCGAAACCAACUACAACCAGGGCGCGACGGCUCCCGUGAGAACUCCCUCGCCGUUUACCCCAACAUCAAUCGAUCCGGAUUUCUCCUGCCCCUCAACAACCCCAACCCUCAAAAACCCCAACUGCGGCAUGACCAUCGCGCAAUACAUCGACGGCGGCUCCAACCUCUUUUCCUACGGCUCCGCCAGCUGGAACUUCUACGCGGGCUCCCAGGAGACGCUGAAUCUCAUCAGCGAGAACGUCCCCACGAACACGCAUCUGUAUGGUUUAUGUGAUCAUCUCGCGACGUGGAUUAUGGGGUUUGUCGGGGAUGGAAAGAGAGUGGGCCAGGGCAAGGUCGAUGGGUUCGCGGGCAGUUGGGGCACGCUUGUUGCCGAGAUGAGUUUUCAGUGA